GCUUGGCAACAAUUUUCCUUCACUCCGUACGACACACCUCACGCGAUUACCUCUAGAUGGUCCCUUAUACAAAAAGGGCCAGCUGCACUCGUUUCCUCUCGUCUCUCCACCACUUCCUUCAUACUCUCCGCCGCCGUCUCGGCUGGGAGCUCCGGUCUGGAUAAUGAUUCCCAACCCACCCACAUUCCUCACAACCUUUCCACUUCUCUGUUGUGUUGUGCUGUGUUCUCUCUCCGCCUUUUCCGCCUCAGGAUUUGCCUUUCAAAUUCCGCCGCCUGCGCUUGUCCCACCGGAAGAAUUGCGGUUGCCUUCCGACGCUGUUUCUCUUCUGUCCUUCAAGUCCAAAGCCGACUUGGACAACAAGCUUCUAUACACUCUCAAUGAGCGCUUUGAUUACUGUCAAUGGCAGGGCGUGAAGUGCGUCCAGGGUCGUGUUGUUAGACUGGUUCUUCAAUCGUUUGGUCUCCGAGGGACAUUGGCUCCAAAUACAGUGUCUCAGCUCGACCAGCUUCGGAUCCUCAGCCUGCAUAACAACUCCCUCGAGGGGCCCAUUCCUGACCUAUUCGGACUCUUCAACCUUAAAUCUCUCUUCCUCGGCCGAAACUCCUUUGUUGGGUCUUUUCCGCCGUCGAUUCUCACUCUUCACCGGCUUCAGACUCUCGACCUUUCCUAUAACAACUUCACGGGUCCGCUUCCGGUGAGGCUUUCCUCCUUGGACCGGCUCAUUUCUCUCCGGCUUGAAUGGAAUGGUUUCAAUGGAAGUAUUCCUCCAUUAAACCAGUCCUUCCUUGAGGUCUUCAAUGUCGCGGGGAAUAACCUGACCGGGCAAAUUCCAGUUACCCCCACACUGUCGCGUUUCAACACGUCGUCGUUUUUCUGGAACCCAGAUCUCUGCGGUGAGAUCGUCAACAAGGCAUGCCAUUCACGCGCUCCAUUCUUUGAAGCUUCCAAUGCUACUCCACCAUCUCUCCCUUCCGUCCAAAGCGCACAGUCACAGGACAUACUUCUCUCUCCGGUCUCUCAUGUUAAGCACAAGGAAACCGGUCUGAUUGUGGGACUUUCAGUCGGCGCCGCAGUUUUAAUAGCAGGUCUUUUAUGUUUCUAUGUAGCUGCCAGAACCCAAAAAAAAACCGCGUCGAAGCCGGAAAUUCCGCCUUUCGAAACCGACACUGCGUUUUCCACUGCUUCCGCAAUCAACGGCCGAGGCGACGGAAAGGGCGAGCUUCAAGCCAAAAUGAAAGAAAUUGAAGAUAUACCUAAAGUCCAGAAGAGUGGUAGUCUUAUAUUUUGUGAAGGGGAGGCAGAGUUGUUCAGCUUAGAGCAGUUAAUGAGGGCUUCGGCCGAGCUGCUCGGUAGAGGCACAAUGGGAACUACAUACAAAGCAGUACUCUGCAACCAGCUAAUCGUAACGGUGAAGCGUCUUGAUGCUACUAAGACCGCCGCGACGAGCAGCGAAGUUUUCGACCGGCAUUUGGAAGCAGUAGGUGCGCUUCGUCACCCCAAUUUGGUUCCAGUUAGGGCCUAUUUCCAAGCCAGGGGAGAGAGAUUAGUGGUCUACGAUUACCAACCUAAUGGCAGUCUUUACAACCUCAUUCACGGUUCAAGAUCAGCAAGGGCUAAGCCUCUGCACUGGACAUCAUGCUUAAAGAUUGCAGAAGAUUUAGCUCAGGGAAUUGCUUAUAUACAUCAAGCUUCUAAGUUAAUCCAUGGCAACUUAAAGUCUACUAAUGUCCUCCUUGGAGCAGAGUUUGAGGCCUGUCUCACAGACUAUGGGCUUUCUGCUCUGGCUGAGUGUUGUGAAGAUCCUGAUGGUUCACGCUACCAAGCCCCUGAAACUCGCAAGUCCAGCCGGAAUGCCACCCACAAGAGCGAUGUGUAUGCCUUCGGCGUGCUCUUGCUGGAGCUUUUGACAGGAAGACAUCCAGCACAGCACCCAUUUCUUGAGCCAACUGAUAUGUUAGAAUGGGUAAGGAUAGUUAGGGAGGAUGAUGGUGGGGAUAGUAACCAACUUGGAAUGCUUACUGAGGUGGCUAGCAUCUGUAGUACUACAUCCCCUGAACAGAGGCCGGCCAUGUGGCAAGUUUUGAAAAUGAUUCUAGAAAUCAAGGAGAGUGUCAUGACAGAGGACAGUGAAUCUAGUGGCUUUUAACUGUUUAUUGACAAAAGCUUAUCAACUGUAUAUUUGGCUUCGAGUAAAAGGGGAUAAUCCCAUAAGAAUUAAAACCCAGGAAUCUCAGAUCAACGUCUUCGACUUGAAGAUUGAGUGGACAAUGUGGUGUGGCAGUGUUUGGCAAGAGAGAAGCAGUGGGUGUGCCUGUUGAGAAGAACUGGAGGCAUUAGAAAUGGCGUUGUGAUCUCAGAAUAACAGAAACAAGGAAUUGUAAUCACCAUCUUCUACGUAUUUUUCAUUGCAAUGAAACAAGAUUUUUAUUGUUUUCGUC